AUGAAGAAUCUCGAAGUAAUUCCAGGCAUAUUCAAUGUCACCGAUGAUUCUGAUGGUGUAGUUAGGAUGCAUACCCUCAAAGAACAGCUUCGACUCCUCCUGCACUCUGAAUGGUGUCUCUUUUUGCGGACGCCUCUCACUAUCUGUACCGACCCGCACUGUCCUAAGAUUCGCAAUGUAUUUCGCCACAUUGUAAACUGUACAGCAGGAAUGAACUGUAAACUACCCCAAUGCCCUCCUGCCAAACAGCUUGUCUUCCAUUUUUACAGUUGUGAGGAUCAGCAGUGUCCCGUGUGUGAUACCAUGCGGUUUGCGUUGGAGAAACGAUUCUACCCUAUUGAAAGGGAUGGUGAGGAUACGAACCGCGAUUUCAACCUAACAAUGGAGGAACGGUGUGAUGUUAUUCGUGCAAUGGCGUUGUUGACGGCCGGAACUCCAGACUUGACGAAUCUCCAUCUUCCCGGAAUGGAACAUGCGAUCCGGUGUGCCAAGUAUUUUGAAGACAAUGUCUAUGCUAAAGCGAAUUCUCUUGAUCAAUACGCAUGCCAAAUUGCAAAUUAUGCCAUGCCGAAUGGACAAUCUUUGGAUAAAUAUUGGUCUUUGUAA